AAAAAUGAAAAAUAAAAAAAUAAAAAAAAUGAGCACCAUCCCAUCACCAAUUAAUCACUCCAAUUACUUUGAUUUUGAAAGAAGCACAGUCCAAGUCCAAGUCCCAAGAACACACCACACCAAAGCAAAGAAUUUUUGCACCAUAAACCGCCAUUUUAAACAUAUUUCAAAACAAAAAGCCCUUCUUUUUCAUCACCCCUAAGCCUAUGUGCCAUCAAAAUCCAAUCUUGGAUAAACUCUCUUUGAAUCCAAGUUUUAUCUUCUUCUGGGUUGUCUUCAGACUUUAGACUAGUGCACUGUCAGUGUCACCCCUUCCUCAUUCCACUGCCACUUCUCAAAUCUACCGUUUUUAACUCUUUCAAUACAUAAACACUUUGUAUAAGUAGUGUGCAUUUUCACAACCUAUCAACUUGGCUAACUUUGUACUUCUUUUAUGGUAUAAGUCCCACCAAAUUCUAGGAAAUUCAGUUUCUAACAAGGAAGAAGGAGGAACACAGUGUAGAAAAUUUUUGUGAGAAAAAUGAAGUUGUGUACUUCAUUUUUGUUACUUGGUUUGGUUUCCACGCUCUCUUUUGUGGCUUCUGUCGUGGUGCCUUCAAAUGAAGUUGGGGCACUUAGAACUUUCAAGGAAGCUGUGUAUGAAGAUCCACACAUGUUUUUGUCCAAUUGGAAUACUCUGGAUUCAGAUCCUUGUGACUGGAAUGGUGUUUCUUGCACUGCAACGCGGGAUCAUGUCAUCAAGAUUAACAUAUCGCGGUCUUCAUUAAGGGGCUUUCUUGCUCCAGAAUUUGGGAAAAUCACCUACUUACAAGAACUGAUCUUGCAUGGAAACAAUCUCAUCGGAAUAAUACCUAAAGAAUUGGGCUUGUUGAAAUCUCUUAAGGUGUUGGAUUUGGGAAUGAAUCAGUUAUCAGGACCAAUUCCUCCACAGAUUGGAAAUUUGGCCCAAGUUGUAAAAAUAAACCUGCAGUCCAAUGGAUUGACUGGUAGGUUACCUCCAGAGCUAGGAAAUUUGAAAUACCUUCAAGAACUUCGGCUGGAUAGGAAUAAGCUAGAAGGACCUCUUCCUGGUGGUGGCAGUUCAAAUUUUUCUUCAAAAAUGCAUGGGAUGUAUGCCUCAGGUGUGAAUUUAACUGGCUUCUGUCGUUCAUCUCAGUUAAAAGUUGCAGAUUUUUCAUAUAACUUUUUUGUUGGUAGCAUACCCAAAUGUUUGGAUUAUCUUCCAAGAUCAAGCUUUCAAGGAAAUUGUCUCCAUAUCAAAGACAUAAAACAGAGAACUUCGGUGCAAUGUGCCGGCGCUUCACCUGCUCAAAAUGGUCCUGUAGAGAAACCAAAGUAUCAACUUGCUACUAAACAUGUGUCCAAGCAUCAAGGAGCAUCAAAACCUGCUUGGCUUUUGGCUCUAGAAAUAGUGACAGGAACCAUGGUUGGUUCUCUCUUUCUUAUUGCAAUUUUCACCGCUUUCCAGAGGUGUAAGUGUAACAACAAAUCAUCUAUCAUUAUUCCUUGGAAAAAAUCUGCAAGUGAAAAAGAUCAUAUGGCAGUACAUAUAGACUCUGAGAUGUUGAAGGAUGUGAUGAGGUAUAGCAGGCAGGAUCUUGAAGUGGCCUGUGAAGACUUCAGCAACAUAAUUGGGUCCUCACCAGAUAGUGUGGUCUACAAGGGUACGAUGAAAGGUGGGCCUGAGAUUGCUGUGAUUUCUCUCUGCAUCAAGGAAGAGAAUUGGACAGCAUACCUCGAGCUCUACUUUCAGAGAGAGGUGGCAGACUUGGCAAGGUUAAAUCAUGAUAACGCAGGAAAGCUACUAGGAUAUUGUAGAGAGAGCAAUCCAUUUACAAGGAUGCUGGUUUUUGAAUAUGCAUCAAAUGGAACACUUUAUGACCACCUACAUUGUUAUGGAGAAGGGUGUCAAUUGUCUUGGACACGGCGUAUGAAAAUUAUCAUAGGCAUUGCACGUGGACUCAAGUAUUUGCACACUGAAAUCGAGCCACCAUUUACUAUCUCAGAAUUGAAUUCCAACGCGGUUUACCUCACAGAAGAUUUUUCCCCCAAGCUGGUUGAUUUUGAAAGUUGGAAGACAAUUCUUGAAAGAUCAGAAAAAAAUUAUGGUUCUGUUAGCAGCCAGGGAGCCAUGUGUCUUCUACCAAACUCGCUUGAAGGGCGUCAUCUCGACACCAAAGGAAACAUCUAUGCUUUUGCUGUACUUCUACUGGAGAUAAUCAGUGGAAGGUCUCCAUACUGCAAGGACAAAGGGUACUUGGUGGAUUGGGCUAGGGACUAUCUUGAAAUGCCAGAAGUAAUGUCAUAUGUGGUGGAUCCUGAAUUGAAACAUUUUAGAUAUGAAGACCUCAAAGUAAUAUGUGAGGUGAUAACGCUUUGUAUCAGUCCUGAUCCCUCUGCACGUCCCUCAAUGCGUGAAUUGUGCACUAUGUUGGAGAACAGAAUAGACACAUCAAUAAGUGUGGAGCUAAAGGCAUCAUCUCUAGCUUGGGCUGAACUAGCACUUUCAUCAUAAUUGAGUCAAAAAUACUCAACUAACACAACAUACACUACUACUGAAGCAGACCUAUAACCAAUAAUACUUAUUGUCUAACUACUUUUCUUCUUUUACCUUGCUUUGCUUUUCAUUUUAAUCUACUUAAUUUUAUUUCUCACCUGUAAAUGAUUGUUCAGAAAAAGGGAAUGUGUAAGGGUUAAUGCAUCAUAAGGUAUCCUUGUAUAGCAGUAGAAAUUGAUAAAUGAAUGGAAAGAAGAAAAAAAAAAAAAAGUGUUGGACAACUGUCUUUCCUUUUCUUUUUCUUUUUGUA